AUGUUGAUGCCGCUCCUGCGAAAUGGCAUUCCAAAGCCGAUUUCCAAGAUCCGUGCUCGCUUCUCCACGGCAAGUUCAAUCGGGGCUACGCUGAGAGACGCAAAGCUCGCCUACAAAACUUAUGGAUCUCUUAACGCACAAGGAGACAAUGCCAUCGUUUACCCGACUUGGUUCUCAGGUAGGCACUGGGACAACGAAUGGCUCAUCGGUUCCGAUAUGGGACUUGACCCCUCCAAAUACUUCAUCAUCGUUCCAAACAUGCUUGGGAAUGGGCUCUCGACUUCUCCAAGCAACUCUGCGCCACCCUAUGACAAAGCCAGAUUCCCCAAUGUGAGAGUGCAAGACAACGUCCGUGCCCAGCAUAAACUCGUAACCGAGGAGUUCGGCAUCCAAACGCUCAAGCUGGUAUUCCUGGAAGGCGUCAAGGCAGCACUGGCGUCUGAUGAUGCAUUCCAGAGCGGCUGGUAUAAUCAACUUCCCACGAAAGGCCUCAGAGCUGCCGCCCGAGUCUAUGCUGGCUGGGGAUUCUCGCAAGCUUUCUACUGGAACGAGACUUGGCGAGAGCUGGGCUUUUCAAGCCUGGAAGAUUUCUUGGUUGGAUACUGGGAAGGCUUCUUCCUGGACGACAGAGAUCCAAACAACUUGUUAGCAAUGCUGUGGACUUGGAAAAACGGGAACGUCGGACUCACCCCGGGAUUCGAUGGAAGCUUGGAACGAGCACUUGCUUCAAUACAAGCGAAAGCGAUUGUGAUGCCGGCUGAAAAGGAUUUGUACUUCCCUCCUGAAGACGAAGAGUACGAGACCAGCUUCAUGCCAAAUGCAAAGCUUCGAAUCAUACCUGGAGUGUGGGGUCACUUCGCUGGCACCGGCCUCAACCCGGUUGACGCUAAGUUCAUCGACGAUGCAGUGAAAGAACUCCUGAACUCCUGA